ACCCCUGUGUGAGACACAUGCGGUGAACGCAUGAGGCAACAUUAGAUGCACGACGAACGUGGUGCUUAUGGUGAACGUUAAAAGUUAGUCGGAUUAACUCGCAAAUAUCAUCUUUGAUCGGAUUCUGUGUAGUCGGAUUUGAGAGCAGUGUCUUGUGUGACAUUGACAUUGGACUUGUUUUUGUUUCUACUUCCUGUUAACUCCCAUAAGAUUGAUCUGCGAGUCGAGGUUAUCAGACUGUAAUCAGAUAAUGAUGCUGUGUAAAGAUUUAUAAGUGGUUGAUGUUUUUAAGCUAGCUUUUCUCACUAUGGUGAUGUUUGACCGCUGAUCUAACUCUGAGCGGUCACUGCGCUGCCCCACUGGCGACUAUUAACGCUACAGGACACAUUUUUUAUAGCAAGCUGCUUGUAGUACUCCAAGGGCAAUGUCUCUAGUUUUCCUGCGGCCCAACACCAGUGCAGUCGGCAAAAAGGACAAGCGACUCAUGGCGGAGGUGAACGCUUCCCCGCUCAAGCACUUCGUCACCGCCAAGAAGAAAAUCAACGGCAUUUUUGAGCAGCUCGGGGCCUACAUCAAAGAGAGCUCGAGCUUUCUGGAAGAGACUCACAGCAAUGAGGAGCUGGAUCCAGUCACUACAGAGGAGCAGGUGGGGGAGGUACGGGGUUACCUGUCCAAGGUGGCAGGGAUCGGUGAGGUGCUGUCCCGCAGACACAUGAAAGUGGUGUUUUUUGGCAGGACAAGCAACGGCAAAAGCUCAGUGAUCAACGCCAUGCUGUGGGACAAAGUGCUACCAUCCGGCAUCGGCCACACCACCAACUGCUUCCUGCGGGUCGAGGGGACCGACGGCAACGACGCGUUUCUGCUCACAGAAGGAUCAGAAGAAAAGAAGAGUGUUAAAACAGUGAACCAGCUGGCCCAUGCCCUGCAUCAGGACCAGGAGCUGGAUGCGGGCAGUUUGGUGUGUGUCAUGUGGCCUAAAGCUAAGUGCGCUUUACUGCGGGAUGACCUUGUCCUGGUGGACAGCCCAGGCAUUGAUGUCACCACAGAGCUAGAUAGCUGGAUUGACAAGUUUUGCCUGGAUGCUGACGUUUUUGUGCUAGUGGCCAAUUCCGAGUCUACGCUGAUGCAAACGGAGAAAUCAUUUUUUCACAAGGUGAACGAGCGACUCUCGAGCCCUAACAUCUUCAUCCUGAACAACCGCUGGGACGCAUCAGCCAGCGAGCCAGAGUACAUGGAGGAGGUUCGCCGGCAGCACAUGGAUCGCUGCACCAGUUUCCUGGUAGAUGAACUGGGAGUGGUGGACCGAGCGCAGGCCAGCGACCGAAUUUUCUUUGUGUCCGCUAAAGAGGUGCUGCAGGCGCGUGUGCAGAAGGCCCAGGGCAUGCCUGAAGCAGGAGGUGCACUGGCUGAAGGCUUUCAAGCUCGGAUGUUCGAGUUUCAGAACUUUGAGAGGCGUUUUGAAGAGUGCAUCUCCCAGUCAGCAGUAAAGACAAAGUUUGAGCAGCACACCGUUCGAGCCAAGCAGAUCUCCGAAGCCUUACGACUUAUCAUGGACUCAGUGCAUGUGGCAGCCCAAGAGCAGAGGAUCCACUGCAUGGAAACAAAAGAAGAGCGGGAGGACCGUCUGGAGUUCAUCGAUAAGCAGCUGGACCUGCUCACCCAGGACUGCAAGAGUAAGAUCAAGAAGAUCACAGAAGAGGUCGAAAAACAGGUGUCUAAUGCAAUGGCCGAGGAGAUCAGGAGACUGCACGUGCUGGUAGACGAUUUUCACAUGGACUUUCAUCCGUCACAAGUCGUUCUGAAAGUCUACAAGAAUGAGCUUCACAAGCAUAUAGAAGAGGGUCUGGGUAGGAAUAUGUCUGAGAGGUGUUCCAACGCCAUCAGUGCAGCUCUGAACAGCACACAAUCUGAAAUGAUGGAUGGCCUGAAGCCCUUGCUGCCCACCUCAGUAAGGGAACAAGUGGAUAAGAUGGUGCCCAGACAGUGCUUCAGUCUCUGCUACGACCUCAACUGUGACAAGUUGUGCAGCGACUUCCAGGAGGACAUCGGAUUUCAUUUCUCCUUGGGCUGGACCAUGCUGGUCAAUCGCUUCUUAGGCCCCAAGAACACACGCCGUGCCCUCAUGGGCUACAACGACCAGGUUCCCAGGCCUUUGGCAAUCACCCCUGUUGGUACUGCCAUGCCCCCCUUCCCACAGGGCUCCAUGACCCAAGAAGAGCUCAUGGUCUCUAUGGUGACAGGACUCGCUUCUCUGACGUCCCGGACGUCCAUGGGCAUCAUUGUCGUUGGAGGAGUGAUCUGGAAGGCUGUAGGUUGGAGGCUCAUUGCUUUGUCAGUGGGGCUUUAUGGCCUUCUUUAUGUGUAUGAGAGGCUCACAUGGACCACUAAGGCGAAGGAACGAGCCUUCAAGAGGCAGUUUGUGGACUACGCCAGUGAGAAACUGCAGCUCAUCGUCAGCUACACCGGCUCCAACUGCAGCCACCAAGUCCAGCAGGAGCUGGCCGGCACCUUUAACCAGCUGUGCCAGCAGGUCGAUGUGACGCGGCAACAGCUGGAAGAAGACAUUCAGGACAUGAACUGCAAGAUCGAACAGCUGGACACUCUACAGAGCAAAGCCAAGCUGCUCAGGAACAAAGCUGGCUGGUUGGACAGUGAGCUGAAUAUGUUCACCCAACAGUACCUUCAUCAAAGCCGAUAAAGGAAUACAAGUGUGAUUAUUUAACAAUGUGACCAAGACCAACACACUUCACUUCUAACUAAACUGCUAACUAAAGAGUGCUGCAAAGAACAGCCAAACAUUACUCCCCCUUUCAGUCGAUUCAGUGCAUUCACUUAUUCAGAUCUUUUAGCCAUGCUUUUACAGAGGAGAAGAGGAGGAGUUAAUAAUUACCAAAUCAAUUUGAAGGCUGAAAUGACUGCCUUGUUUUCUAUUGGCAUUAAACUCGUCUUGGGAGAUACUGAGGUAGUGAACUGGCACCUUAAAGACAGGCUGUUUUCUUGUGUAAAUCAAUUAUUUAUUAUUUGCAUUGUGAAGUUGUUUACCUUGUCUUGUCUUGUCUUGGCUGUGGCCAGUGGGAUAUACAGCGAGACCUCCUGUACGAUAAAAAGCCAUUGAGAGAGCGAGAAAAGGAUUGAGAUAGUAAAUGAAUCCUAAUCUUCUUUGAUUGUGCUCAUAUAAUGAAAUAUAGAUUGAAUAUGGGGAAAUAAUGUUUUGCAGUCAUAAACCCAGCUCAGUGGGGUAGAUGUAGUUUAGGUGGCUUAUUUAGGUGUCUGAGGAUGUGCAGAAAAGGACAUCAUUGUGUCUGUGUUGCUUUAGUUGAAUGUGUGAUGGCCUGGGAAAACUCUGAAAUCCAUUAUACAUAGAUCACAACCAGACAGUAAUAUCCCUCAAAUAUCGAAAACGGAGAAAUAAACAUUUGUAUACUUCACGCCAGGCAUCUUGACAGCCGGAAUCUGAUUCCAAACCAAUUUGUUGAAGCUUAUGUCUGUUUUGCUAUCAAAGCACGGUGUGUGGAAAUCACACUCGGCUAUUACAGCUUUCCUCCUUACCAAAUUUGAUCUUUUGGAGAAAAAUGGCCCUAGCAAGAGCAAGUCAUUUUUUGGAGAAAGAUACCUGUGGUUUCUUACAUUGUUAUAUGCAGGGAAAACACACUUUUCUGCUGUUUGCCAGAAACCAGCUCCAGCGCCGUCCAAAAGGUUUUCCCAAACCACCACACCGAUUGACUUCUGACUUUUGCAUGGACAGCAGGAUUUCCUGUGAAUGAUGUGUACUUUUUUUUUUUUUUUUUCUUUUUUACACAUCUGUAUAAGUAAGCUAUCACAUUACAGCAGAUUCCUUAGCUAUACAGAUUUGGCGUCUUGUACUGGUGCGAAAUGUAGGUCAGUGUUUGUGGGACCGUAGAUGCAGAAUGAUUCCAGCUUGUAGUCUUGACAUUGUGUCUUGUGCAAGAGGCACGGGUUUUUGUUGCUGCGAGCACACUAUAAAGACUGAACUAAAAUGCGGCACUGUGUAUAUUUGCAAUGCUCACUGGUGUAGUAGUGGCACUGUUUAUUUAAUCCAAGCUAAAAAGAAAUCUUCGGGUUUACGUUAAAAGAAAAAUCGAGACCUGAAAUAUAGAAUGCAGGAUGAAAUGUUCUGGCAUGUGCUGAGUGCUAAUGAACCAUGAAAUUUCCUCAAGAGGGGAGAAAAAUUGCAGUUUAGGUUUACGGACUACUUAUUUAAUCUUGUUUGAAUGAAUGAAAUGCCUCCAGGAUUGGUGACUUAUCACUUCGCUGUAUUGUCUUGCACUGAGAUUGAUAUAAACACAUUACUACAUAUAAUAAAAGGCCUAGAUAAAGAGCAUUCAACUCCUACAUGUAAUGGUGUGUGUGUGUGUAAAAUAAUCUCCAGUCCAUCGCUGUUUCCACGGUGUGUGUAACAGCUGUUCAGCUUGGAUUACAGAUUGUGCCAAGUGUUUAAGAAAGAGAUCUGAAGAAUUCUUCACUGAUUUUGCACUUUACUUUUGCUGCUUUUUUAUCAUUAUUAUUAUUUUUAUUAUUAUUAUUUUUUGUCGCCAUGUGAAAUGAAAUAAAGAACAGCUGAUCCUUAGACUCCAUGUCAGUAGUAAUGUAUAGCUCUGCAUGCUUUGACUGAUGUAACACAUCUUGUAUUCCACACAUUAAAUGAAAUAAACUUGAUACCACCAGAA